AUGGUCCUCCGGCGAGACAGGGGGUUGGUGCAGGCCACACGAACCCGCCGUAAAACACCAGUGCAGGAAGCACACGAUGCGAGCCGGACCAAUCGGCACGGAACUGGACAUCAUAUGAGGUCCCACGAUUGGAAGCUCGGGACGUGGGAUUGCAGGUCUCUCAAAUUUGACGGGAGCAUCCGCAUACUUUCCGACAUAUUGAGGGUCCGCAAGUUCAGCAUCGUAGCGCUGCAGGAGGUUGGCUGGAUAGGCGCGGAAGAGGUACAAGCGUACCCAAGGAUUGGCUGUACAAUCUACCAGAGCCGCGGCGAAAACAAGAGGCUGGGAACAGCCUUUAUAGUGCUGGGCGAAAUGCGCGAUCGCGUGAUUGGGUGGACCCCGCUCACCGACCGAAUGUGCGUGCUGAGGAUUAAAGGCCGUUUCUUCAACAUUAGCAUCAUAAACGUGCACAGCCCGCACUCAGGAAGCGAAGAUGACGACAAGGACGCAUUUUACGAGCAGCUGAACUGGACGUACAACAGCUGCCCAAAACAUGACGUCAAAAUCGUCAUCGGAGAUUUUAACGCUCAGGUUGGCCAGGAGGAGGAAUUCAGACCGGUGAUAGGAAAGUUCAGCGCCCACGUACGCACGAACGAAAACGGCCUGCGACUGAUCGACUUCGCCACCUCCAAAAACAUGGCCGUACGAAGUACCUGCUUCCAGCACAACCUCCGAGACAAGUACACCUGGAGAUCACCGCAAGGAACGGAAUCACAAAUCGACCACGUCGUAAUCGACGGUAGACACUUUUCCGACAUCAUCGACGUCAGGACCUAUCGCGGCGCCAACGUCGACUCGGACCACUAUCUGGUGAUGGUGAAAAUGCGCCAACGACUUUCCCUGGCGAAAAGCGUUCGGUACCGCCGCCCUCCGCGGUUGGAUCUGGAGCGGCUUAAGUUACCGGAAGUCGCAUCCCGCGUCAAGGCAGCCAUCACCAACGCAGCAGAAAGCACCAUCGGAUUUGUGGAACGAGGACGACGGAACGAUUGGUUCGACGAGGAGUGUCGAGCGAUUUUGGAGGAGAAGAAUGCAGCACGGAGGGCAAUGCUGCAGUACAAUCUCCGUGAUUACGAGGAGGCGUAUGGACAGAAGCGAAGGCAGCAGCACCAGCUCUUCCGAGCAAAAGUGCGCCACCAGGAAGAGUUGGAGUUUGAGGACAUGGAGCAGCUGCAUCGCUCAAACGAAACGCGCAAGUUCUACAAGAAGCUCAACGGAUCCCGAAACGGCUUCACGCCGCGAGUCGAAAUGUGCCGGGAUAAAAAUGGAGCUAUCUUGACGAACGAGCGUGAGAGCAACUCUCGUUUGUUCUGGUUUUUUCACUGUCUUGCCCCGAGCUACCGUGCCAUCACAAUCCUCAACGCGGCCUACAAAGUGUUCUCCCAGAUCCUCUUCAGCCGCCUAUCGCCAAUAGCGGAAGGUUUUGUUGGAAGUUAUCAAGCCGGAUUCGUCAUGGGGAGAUCAACAACCGACCAAAUCUUCACUGUGCGACAAAUCCUCCAAAAGUGUCGCGAGUACCAAGUCCCCACGCACCACCUUUUCAUCGACUUCAAAGCCGCGUACGACUCAGUCGAUCGCGAAGAGCUAUGGAAAAUUAUGGACGAGAACGGUUUUCCCGGGAAGCUGAUCAGACUGAUCAAGAUGACGAUGGAUGGGGCUAGGUGUUGUGUGAAGAUAUCGGGUGCGGAAUCGGACUCGUUUACUUCACUUGGGGGGCUUCGGCAAGGCGAUGGGAUCUCUUGUCUUUGUUUCAAUGUCGUGCUAGAAGGUGUUAUGAGACGAGCGGGCUUCAAUAUGCGGGGCACGAUCUUCAGCAAGUCCAACCAGUUCAUCUGCUUCGCCGACGACAUGGACAUUGUUGGCAGAACGUUCAAGGCGGUUGCGGAUGCGUACACCGACUUGAAGCGGGAAGCAGAGAAGUCGCUGAUAAGACCGGUCGUCCUCUACGGGCACGAGACGUGGACAAUGCUCGAAGAGGACUUACGAGCGCUAAACGUCUUCGAACGUCGAGUGCUAAGGACCAUCUUUGGCGGCGUAUAUGAGAACGACGGAUGGCGGCGGAGAAUGAACCACGAACUUGCACAACUCUACAACGAACCAAGCAUCCGGAAAGUCGCGAAGGCUGGACGGUUGCAGUGGGCGGGUCAUGUUGCAAGGAUGCCGGAACGAGCCGACCACUUGAGCCAACGGAACCAGAAGAUCAAUCCUGCGAAGUUGGUGUUUGUGUCGGAGCCGGUAGGAACAAGACGUAGGGGGGUGCAACGUGCGAGGUGGGUGGACCAAGUGGAGAGCGAUUUAGAAAGUGUGGGUGCGCCGCGAAAUUGGAGAAAUGCAGCCAUGGACCGAGCUUGUUGGCGGAGAAUCGUGCAGCAGGCCAAGCUAAUGGUGUAG